AAAAUUUUGGAGGCCCCACUUGAAAUUGCUCAGGAGUCACUCCUGGAAGGACUUGGAGGACCAUGUGGGGUGCUGGGCUGGAACCCGAGUUGGCUGUAUGCAAGGCCAGAGCGGUUCCCCAGUUCAGUUUCUCCCGCCCAGAGGUAACACCUGUACAGAUACAGUGCGUGUCAUCUGUGCAAGACGCCUUGCACUCUGUGCACGGAGCCUGAGCGUGUGCGUGACCGUGCACGGCCCUGUGCCCGAAGCCUGUCCUCCCUCCAGCUGCCCGCGCCACUCCGCCUGCUCCGUGGUUCCGGGACCCGGGCCUCCUGAGCUCUGCCGUUUGGUGCCGGGAGCGAGGUCGGAGGCCGGGUCCCCCCCGCAGUCCGCCCUGAGUUGAGCUGCCCUCAGCCGCCGCCUCACAGUCUCCCACCGCGCGCGGGGACCUGCUGGCACUCGGGCCCGCCGCCCCGCCCCCACGCGUCUCCUUGGAGACCGGGGCGGGCCCUCAAAUCGCCCCGCCCCGGAAGCGCCGCCCCGGCCCCCCUCACGCUCCGGCAUGCCUUGCGGCCACAGCACAACGUAGCCGGAAGCUGGUGGCGGCCGGUGGGCGGCCGGCGACCUCCGUGCGCAGCGGCCCGUCCACCCGCCCGGACACCCGGCGCCGGACUCCCCCGCCACCAUCAUGGCCAGUCCCAGAACCAGGAAAGUUCUCAAGGACGUACGAGUACAAGAUGACAACAACGUGUGUUUCGAGUGCGGUGCCUUCAGCCCUCAGUGGGUGAGCGUCACCUAUGGCAUUUGGAUCUGCCUGGAGUGCUCGGGGAAGCACCGUGGACUUGGGGUGCACCUCAGUUUUGUGCGCUCAGUCACCAUGGACAAGUGGAAGGACAUCGAGCUGGAGAAGAUGAAGGUGGGUGGGAACGCCAAGUUCCGAGCCUUCCUGGAGGCGCAGGAGGACUAUGACCCCUGCUGGUCCCUGCAGGACAAGUACAGCAGCAAGGCCGCCGCGCUCUUCCGGGACCAGGUGGCCACGUUGGCCGAAGGGAGAGAGUGGUGCCUGGAGACAUCACCUGCCCAGAACUGGACCCCGCCCCAGCCGAAGACGCGGCCAGCCUCUGUGCCCCGCGUCUCUGGGCAGCCCCCAAGCAGCACUGCCUCCUCUGACAAGGCCUUUGAGGAUUGGCUGAGCGAGGACCUGGGCUCCUACCAGGGGGCCCCAGAGAAGCGCUACGUGGGCUUCGGGAACACGGUGCCGCCAGCCCAGAAAGAGGGCGAUUUCCUCAACCACGCCAUGUCAUCGCUGUGUUCGGGCUGGAGCAGUUUCACCUCGGGAGCCAGCAGGUUUGCUUCGGCCGCCAAGGAGGGUGCCACCAAGUUUGGAACCCAGGCCACGCAGAAGUUCUGGGGCUCCAAGCAGCAGCCAGAGCUGGCAUCCGAGCUGGGCCAGAGUCUGAGUGAGAACGUUCUCAAGCCGGCCCAGGAGAGGGUGCAGGACGUUGGCAGCCGAGGCUGGCGAGAUGUCACCUCCUUCUUCUCUGGCAGGACAGAGGAUGACCUGGACAGGCCCCCGGAGGGCCAGAGCUACCAGCACAGCGGGGGGGACAGCUACCAGAACAGCGCCAUCGACCAGAGCUUCUGGGACAGCUUCGGUGGCGCCGACCCCGGCAGGGCGCGCCAGUCCCCGAGCAGCGACAGCUGGACCUGCGCGGACGUUUCCGCCGAGAAGAGGAGCUCGGACAGCUGGGACGUGUGGGGGUCUGCGUCCAACAACAGCGACGGCGGCGGCGGCGGCGGCGAGGGCAGGACCCCCGCCCCCAGGAAGGUGGCCCCCGCGGCCGCCGAAGACGGCUGGGAUGUCCAGGACUGGUAGCCUUGCAGUCGGCCCGCCCGCCCGGCCCCGCCCCAGCCCCGCCCCGCCCCUGCUGGAGGCCCCGCCCAGCCCCCCCCAUACCGGAGCGUGCCCCUGCAGAGGCUUCGCCCCACCCCGCCCACCCACAGGAUCCUCUGCGCGCCCUGGGGAGGCCCCGGGUGGGGUGCGGGGAGCGGGGCCUCUGGGGUCUUGCUGCUGCUGGGGUGGCAAAGGCCCUGCAGCUCAACCCUCCUAAUAAACCCUCUACCCCGCCCUGCA